AUAUAAGCAGAAGCAGAAGUCCUUCAAGACGGAGCAGCAGCAGCAGCAGCAGCAGAUUGACUCCGAGCAACAGCAGCGUCUCCACCUUCUUCUCAGUGUCGGAUCACUUGUCCUGAGCGAUCACCACCAUGUCCAGUCAAGGAGCCACUGUGACCCCCUCCUCUGCCCCCCCUACUCCCUCCGGACCCCCUCCCAAAGUGACCAACCGCGGACGCUCUACAGAUCCCAUCGCCAGCUCCAACUUUGACUCAACAAACAUUCCUGAAUUUGAGCCCUUUGGUUUGCCAGGACCGAGAGGAUUUCCACCUCUGACUGAAUUUCUUGAUAUCUCGGAAGUGGACAUGAUAAGGAAGCCAGAGGAGAGCAACAAGAAGCAACACCACACCGACUUCUUCAACUCCAUCGAUCUCAUCGUGCGUCGCGGACAGGAGUUCCAGGUGACCAUCACCUUCAACCGUCCCUACAAUGCUGUGAAGGACAAGUUCGCCGUGGAGUUCACUAUCGGCACCAGCCCUCAGUACAGCAAGGGCACCUACAUUCCAGUCUUCCCCAACAAGGAGCGUCUGACCUCCUGGGAAGGUCGCAUAAAAAACACCUCUGGCAACACGGUCACCAUCGGCGUCACCCCCGCGGCAAACUGCAUUGUGGGAAAGUACCAAAUGUACGUGGCCGUGAUGACGCCCUUUGGCAUCCGAAGAACGAGACGAGAUGACUCCCGAAACCUCUACAUCCUCUUCAACCCAUGGGUGGCAGAGGACGCUGUGUUUCUGGACGAUGAGACAGAGAGGCAGGAGUGUGUGAUAAACGAGAUGGGGAUCAUCUAUCACGGUGCAUACGACGACAUCGCAGAGAGGAACUGGAACUAUGGACAGUUUAACUAUGGAGUUCUGGAUGCCUGUCUGUACAUCAUGGACCGCUCUGAGAUGCCCAUCACCAACAGAGGAGACCCCGUCAAGGUGACCAGAAAGGCCUCUGCUAUGCUGAACUCUCGUGAUGACGAAGGCGUGCUGGUGGGGAACUGGAGUGGUGACUACACCUAUGGAGUGGCGCCCACUUCCUGGACUGGCAGCACAGACAUCCUGAUCAACUACCUAAAAAGCAAGAUGCCCGUCUGCUACGCUCAGUGCUGGGUCUACGCCGCCGUCUUCAACACCUUCCUGCGCUGCCUGGGCAUCCCAUCGAGGGUCGUCACCAACUACUUCUCUGCUCAUGACAACGAUGGAAACCUGAAAACUGACAUCAUCCUGGAGGAGAGCGGCAGAAUCGACCGCAACCGCACCAGAGACUCUAUCUGGAACUAUCACUGCUGGAAUGAGUGCUUCAUGUCCAGACCAGAUCUCCCAUCCGGCUUCGGAGGCUGGCAGGUUGUGGAUGCGACACCACAGGAGACCAGCGAUGGGAUGUACAGAUGUGGUCCUGCAUCAGUUAUGGCCAUCAAACAUGGACAUACAUGCUACCCAUUUGAUGCAGCCUUUGUGUUUGCUGAGGUCAACAGCGAUGUCGUGUUUUAUUCCCGCAACAGAGAAGGAACUAUGGAGCCGGUCAAAGUGAACCGGACCCAUGUGGGGCGCUUGGUGUUGACUAAAGCUCCAGGAAACAUGACCCGCCGUGACAUCACCGAUCAGUACAAGUUUCCUGAAGGCAGUACAGAGGAGCGGACCGUCCUGGAGAAAGCCGAGGAAUAUGGCUGCAAACGGGAGAAGUCUGAUCCUCCUCCAGCUGACGUGGACCUGGUCCUGCCCAGUCUGGAAGUCAACAUUGGUGACGACUUUGAGCUGAGCCUGGAGUUCAUAAACCACAGCGACCAGCACCACAUCGUGAACACCUACAUCAGUGGGAGCGUGGUGUAUUACACCGGAGUCACGGCCACAGAGUUCCUGUUCAUGAAUCCCACCGUGAAACUCGGCCCGAACGAGAGUGUGAAGGAGCUGGUGGUGGUGGAGUCAAAGCAUUACAUGAAGCACCUGGUGGAGCAGGCCAACCUCAACUUCAUCGCUACAGGGAAGGUCAAGGAGACCGGUCAGAUCGUCAGCGCCAUGAAAGUCGUCCCUCUGCACAAUCCCAAGCUCACCGUCACGGUGUCUGAGAGGGGAAGAGUGAGUGAAGAGAUGACUGCGACUGUGGAGUUUACAAACCCCUUCACCAUGAACCUGGAGAACGUCUACAUUCGUAUGGAAGGACCCGGGCUCAUGCUGCCCAAGCAGAAGUAUUACAGUCUGAUCCCAGCAGGCUCCUCCCUGGUCUGGGUGGAGUUUUUCACCCCGCAGAGGGCCGGCAGCAGCAGGGUGAUCGCAACUCUGGAUUGUCCCAAUCUCACACAGGUCCACGGCACGGCGUCCGUCACCAUCGAGCCCUGAGCAUCACUGAAGUUCAGCGUCUUUAAUCACACUUACACUUAAACCCUUAUAUAGGCCAAUAACAUUCAAUUAAUACAACACUGUAUGUUAACAACUCUUGUAGCCGCAUCAGCAUUUUUUUUAUGUCAACAGUAGUGAUAGUUUUACUUACAAGCGAGAGAGACAAACACAUAAAGCCAUUUUUAAAAGUGCAAUUUCUUAUUGCAAGUUCAACACCCUCAUUCAGUCCCCCCGAGGGGCAAUCUGAUUUACAGAGACCUCCCUUUAAAAGCGUAAAAUCUUUACUUUUAAAGUAGAUCUCCAUCCAAUGUCACAUUGCCACCAGCAUAUCAAAUCUCUUCUUCACCUCCCCUCCAUCAUUGUUUAGACCAAGUGCAGCCAUUUCCACGACUGAUCAUGAUUCAGAUAGCAGCAGACCAAAGUUAAUACAGUUCUUAACUUUUUCCAAACAAAGUAUUUUCUUCAGUUUGGAAAGUCCAUUGGUUCUUCUUCAAUUCUAUGCCACCAUUGCACCUCAACAUAGAGCGUCCCAGAGUGGGCGGGGCCAUCUCUCUUCCCUGGACUAGCUGACAGGGAGUGAUUCACAUGAAAGAAAUGUGAAACAUGUUUGAACCUCUGAGAAAAAAGUAAACAAACUGCAUGAAGCCCCAUCCAACAUCAUUGUAAACACAGAGCCGAGAACAACAAACCAAGAGGGAGUUUAACUUCACUAUUUUAAGGAAGGCAUUAUUACUUAAUGAGAUAUUUAGUCAGGCUGAAUUUGGUAUCUGCUAAAUAAUGUUUAAAAAGUUGCAUAUACAGAAUUUGGACAUUUCUUUCUGUUGAUUUGAGAUAUGAGGGAGUGUUUAAUCUUAUGUUUCAUAUCAUAUCUGUUCAUGCCGCUUUAACUUAA